UCCGACCGCCGCGGUAGGCGGCCGGGCGAGUUUCCGCGUCGCGGCACCGGAGCCACCGCGCGCCGCAUCCUAGAACCGGUUCACUUUUCCGAGAUCGAUCGAGCGCCCGUCGCCCAUUCGAAUUCCGCAACCGUCGUCGUCGAGCACGCACAGCGUAUCCACGAAAUAAACAAACCGUCAUUAUCGUCGCUGCUCACUUGCGAGUUUAUCGUGUACGUCUUCCGAGACGUAAAAUGUUUGUGCAUGUUUUCUUCUAGUCGAAUUGUUAUCAUUUAAAACGGAAAAAAUAACAACAAAUUCGCCGCUAUCAACGCGACUUGUUUACACAGCGUGUCGUCCGAAACACGACACGCGCGCGCACCAAACGACUCGGACGCACGCACGCACAAAGCGAUUCCGUUUCUGGUGGGGGACUAGCGACCGACCGACUCAUCAACAGUUAACCGUAAUAAUAAUAAUAAUAAUAAUAAUAAUAACAUUAAAUAUAUCGCAUACUUUGUCGCGCCCGAUCGUCACGCCGACCAACGCGUACCACCGGUUGCGGUCGUCGUCGUUGUCGUCCAACAGCGGUGUCCAGCGCCUGCGCAGUACAACACUUUAAGUACAAAAAAAUCACCAUCCGUCGACAUUAGCUUCAUAAGUGUAUAUUUAUAGUAUACAGUGUAUUUACGUCGCGUUGUCAUUUGGUCUCGUGAAAAAAUAUACAUAAGUAUGUUUUGUUUUUAUUGAUUUUCGCGUCGAUCCCAUUUUUCGGCUAUCCUCCUCUACGCCGCCCGUUAGCCCGAUCAUAGUACGUACGUCCGCGGUGUACUUCGUGCUCUCCCGACUCUCUCGGCUCGCCGACGACUGCACCGCAGCGGCAUUCACGCACCGCUCGUCCGUACUACGCACACACCACCACUGACCGUUCCGCGGGCGCAGCGUGACGUGUUUUUAUCGAAAGUUUUCACCCAUUAAACCGCCAACGUUUGAUUAUAAUAGUAAUAAUAUGUACGAUAAUAGUAAAAACGAUAACUAAGUAUUAUUAUUAUUUAUUUGUUUUUUUUUUUAAUACGCGCUUUUCUGUCUUAUCUCCUCCCGCGUCGUUUGACCGGUGUUAUCUGCAUCGUGGGACGAUACCACGACGACAUGCCGGCCAGCAACAAUAACGCCACUUACUUGAGAGCUUUUGGCUUAUCAGCCAUAGUAGCGGCGGAAUCAUCGUCAGAACAACUGAACCAGCAUCAGCUCCACCACCACCACCACUUACAGCACCAUGUGUUGGUCGACGACGGAAGGAAUGAUUGCGUCGGCGAGUUUGACACGUCCGCCGAGGAAGACAGGGCGGCAGCGGACACAAUCGACGAGCUGAACAGCCGUCGCGGUGACGUGGUGACGACGACCGUAGUCGCCGCUGCGGAGGACGCGAGCGAUGAAUCGUCGUCGUCGGCGGCGGCCACAACGGCCGCGGCGCCGUCGUCGUCGUCACAGCAGCAGCAACAGCGUUGCGACGGCGCGGCCGAUGUGGUAACCGCGGCGGCGGACGAAGAAAAUGGCGGUAGGAGCGCGGGCACGCCCAGCAUCGACUACGGGUCGCCGGCGGUAGAUGGUGCGCCGGUCGGUAGGACGUCGUUCGGGUCGGAGGAGGAGGAGCCCGCCGCCGUCGACCGUUUACAGCAACAACCGGUUCACGGGACGGCAGACGAACGGCCGACCGGCAACGUGUACGUACGCCGCGAUGAUAUGAACUAUCAUCAUCAACACCACCACCAGCACCAGCACCAGCAACACGACAGUCCGCCACAGCUACACGCAAGCACCAGUGCAACGACCACGACGACAUCGACGACCGGAGUCAACGUUAACAACAGUAACAGCAGCGGACCGUCGCCGAACAACCGUUACGACAUGUUAGUGGCUCAGACUUAUCAACAGGCCAAGUACGGCAGUGGCCGGGACUUGAUGGCCUCGAUUUUCCCACAAGUAUUGAUCGCCGGCCAACAGCGCGACGAAGACGAAGAUUUUUACGAGUACCAGCAACAGGCGGCAUACCAGCAGCAGCAGCAGCAGCAGCAGCAGCAGCAACAGCAGCAACAGCAACAGCAACAACACUCAAAGUUCGAACACAUCGUGCUCAAACAAGAACCGCUGGACCGGGUUCAGCACGUGUACGCCGACGAGUACUUCCACCAGGAACACCAGCAACAGUUGUCCGUGCAGCUUCAGCAGCAACAGGAGCAACACUGCUCCAGCCCCGGCAGCUCGGCUGGCGGUUACGACGAGGAAGUGGUGGUAGCCGCCGCUGCGGCCAAAGGCGAAUUACUCGACCUGCAUUUGGCCCGGUCCGACGGCGGCGCGGGACCCGGGCAACAGGAAAACCCCUUUGCGCAUCUCGUGGCCUCGCUGCACAGCGACUCGGGCAGCGCGUCUCCGUUGCAGGGACAUUUGCACGACGACCAACAACAGGGCGGCUGUGGUUCGCCCACUGUCGUGUGCCAACAGCCGCACGUCGCCGACCACUCGUACACGCCGUCGUCCGCGACCGCAGAACAGCAAAUCCCUCAACACUUGUCGUCGCAAAAUCACCACGGCGUCUACCACAGUGGUUCCAACGUCAUACACCACAACAGUUCCAACAUCUCUAAUUCAUCUAUGUAUCAGAGAAGUAACAGUGGCGGCGGUGGCUUGCAGUAUUCAACUUCCCUGCCACAUUACUUUACGUCCUCACCCGAGCUCAACCAACAGCAGGCCAACAACAUCAUCACAUCCGUGGCCGGCAACCAAAUGUGGUCUACAGUUGUGUCCGAAGACGGUACCGGAGGAUAUUCUCCAUCGUCGACAAGCAAACAGCAGCAGUCCAAUCACAAUGGCGGUGGUCUGCCAGCUUUCGCUCAGCGUUUUAGCACACAUACGUCCUCUGCGUCCGCGUACACUGCUCCAGGUUCGUCCCGGUCAGCCCCGUCGUCAUACCACUCGAUCGCCACGCCCGGUGUCACACCGUACCAUCUGACCGCUACAGCCGUUAACAACGGUGGCCCGGGCGACACCUCAUCGCUCCAGUGGGCCACGGCAGCUGCGGGUUACGCGAACACCGACGGCACUAUAAACUACGCUCCAAUGCCGAUCAAAAAUCAGGUGGGAAGGAGUCGAACAAACGCGUUCUCGGCCGCCGCUUCGUUGUCAGCUUUGGCUUCCGGCCCGAGCUCGUCCGGUUCUGGGGAUUUCUAUAACGGCCCUCUGUAUCAUCAUGUGCCCGCUAGUUUUGGAAGAUCAUCUGGAGCCAGCGGAUUAGAAGAGAAAACUACGAGAAGAAUGCAAAACGCAUCUAGACGUCAAGGAUUACAGUGCACAAAUUGUCAAACUGCCACCACGUCAUUAUGGCGCAGAAAUCAAGUGGGUGAGCCUGUGUGUAAUGCAUGCGGUCUAUAUUUUAAGUUACAUGGCGUUAAGAGACCCCUUACAAUGAAAAAGGACUCUAUCCAGACACGAAAGCGCAAGCCCAAAGGUGGAUCUAAAAUAGAACCAGAACCUAAGAGAAUCAAACAAGAAAUACCAUCUGAACAUAACUAUAGUGACUGUCACCGUACAUCUGGCAGUGUUUUGAACCAUGGAAGUGCAAGUUCAGGUCUUGCAUAUGCCAAUUUGUAUCAAACAGCUUCACAUAUAGCACCCGCUUACUAUGAUGUCAUCAAGUCGGAGUCAUCUCAAGAGUCUAUCAACAGUCCACAUAUAGUAAGCCUAGCAUCUGCCAACAACAACAAUAACAACAACAACAACAAUAAUAACAUAAACACCGGCAACAAAGAUAGGCCUAGUGUUCUAACCAUGUCAGUUAAUUCCUAAAAAUUAGUAUAUUUCUCCUUGACUAUUCUUUAGAGUGUUAUCAAUCUUGUUGAUUUCAAUAUUAUUAUAAUAACUAUAUUUAUCAUUAACGAACAAAACGAAAAAAUUAUUAUGUUUUAUUUAUAUUAUUAUUAUUAUUUACAUUAUUUAACUAAUUACAUAAUUUUAUAUAGUACAUACAUUACUGAUUGAAAUGUAGGCAAUUUUCAAAGACAUUAUUUUAGGAGUUUUAUUUUUUUUCAAAA